GAUGUUUUUUUUAAAUAUUGGUUAGUAGAUACUGUUUCCAAUUGUUACUGUUAUCUGCACUGUGUAACUGCUUGAGUUAAUGUGUUUAAUACUCCAGUUUUUUGAAGGAAAGUUAACUUUAUGUGAAAAAGCUUUAAAAAGUUGUCUACAAAUUUGUUUAUCUUUUUCAAACCGCUUGAUUAGUUCCACUAAUUAUACAUGGCAUUAUUUAGCCUAUAUAGCUAGGUGAUAUUUUGAACAAUUUCGCCAAGGCAGAACAUUUGAUAUGACAUUAAGUUACUAUAAUCCUGCAUGAUACCAGCAAUUACAUGUUUUAGAGCUACAAUAAGUGACAAAAAGCUUGGCAAAUGAGCGCAAAUUUUGAAAUCCAUCGCCUCCAAAAAUUAACAUUCACUUAAAUGGUCGUACUUCGGGUAAAUCCUUCAAUUGGACACACCCACCGCGCAUAUGUGACAGCUAACACUUUACUUCAUUUAAAUGUACUGAAUGAAUCAUGGGUCCGAGUCACCCUAAAUUCUGAAGACCGGCAUAAAAACAAAAAAAAUAAAGUUGCUGAAAAGUUCCAUGCUUUCGAGGAAAGCAAAAAUGACUAUGUUUUGCAGUUAACACUCCUUCAAGCAAAUAACGAAGCUGAUGAUCUCUAUGAAUUAUUCAAAGAAAUAGAUCAACUCUGUGAUGGAGAGCAAAGAAUUUCUGCUCCGCAAAAUGGCAGCAUAAUGGAUAACGAUGGUACCGUUGUUUAUGAAGAUGAUGUUAUGUAUGUUUCCACGAUUGCUCUUUUUAAUAUCGCCAAACAGGAUGUGAACUUGUACAAAAAAUGCAGAACUGCAGAUUUCACCGUAACGUUUUCUCAGUUAGAAGACUUCACGGCGACGAAAAAAGUCUACUUUGCUAACAAUGUUGAAAUAUCUGCAGUGUCCUGUGCUUAUGGCAGCGUAAGCGAUGAUAUGCUAAGCGAAACACUAAAGGAUCACUUUGAACAAACAAAAGUGCUAUCUCAGGGAGAAGUUUUCUCUAUCGAUCUGGAGAAGAAACAGGGUGAGAAGUUUCAUUUACCACGGCAUGUUAGUUUUAAAGUAAAUUCUUUAAAGCAAAAUGAAGAUAGACGUCCACAUCACCAAACAAACUUUCUUUUUGUCAAUUCACAUUUCAGUAACCUGUACUUAUGCAGUCCGGUAAAAUGCUAUGUGCCGGAGUGUCCGUGUACUUUUCAAAAUAACGUCGCCCAAAUGAGUUUAUUUCGCAGUUCAUAUUUUCAAAAUGCUUUCAUAGAGGUGGUGCCACAAAUGUCGAAAAUAAUGAAACUUGCAUGUUCCAAUAAAGUUCCUGCCAAAGAGACUUUGAUUUUACUGGAAGGAGCUAGAGGCGUUGGAAAAGGCUUGCUUACACGAAGUCUUUGUUUUAAGCACUGUAUACACUUCCACGAAGAAAAUUGUUUUGAUUUGAUCGGUGAAUCGUUGAGUGCAACUGAAAGACGAAUCGAGAAUUUGUUUCAGCUAGUUAAGAGCGCUUCUCCGUGCUUGUUAUAUUUAAAAAAUAUACAUUUGUUAUGUAAAGAUAAAGAAGGAGUGCAUGAAGAGCGGAGAGUACUGCAAUGUUUUCUAAAUCAGCUAAGAGACCUGGUUUCUAACGCUCAAUCAAUCAUGGUGAUUGGAAGUACGUAUUGCUCCAAGGAAAUGUCACCCAGGUUUUACUCAGAGUUCGUUUAUCAUUUCGAAAUCGAACCGCCCAAUGAAAUUGCACGUGAAUCUAUUAUAACAGCGCUAUUAGAAAAUGAGUCUAAUCGUAAUUUUUCUUUAACAGAUUUAGCCAAAAAGACCGCUGGUUUUAUAUUUUCUGAUUUUAUGGGUCUCUUCAGACGGGCUGCGAACGAAAAUUUAUUCGGUGUAAAUGGAGCCCAGAUAAAUAAGUCGAACAUUGAACAAUGUAUAGAAGAAAUUAGAGCAUUGAAAGCUGGGUCAUCAGAUUCUGUUAAAAUACCGAAAGUGACUUGGAACGACGUGGGUGGAUUACAAAGCGUAAAAGCCGAUAUUAUGGAUACGCUAGAACUACCUGUAAAAUUCCCCAAAUUGUUUGCGAAUGGUUUACAAAGAUCUGGAUUGCUAUUUUACGGGCCACCGGGCUGUGGAAAGACUCUGCUCGCGAAAGCCAUUGCUACAGAAUUUACCUUGAAUUUUUAUAGUGUCAAAGGUCCGGAAUUGAUUAACAUGUAUGUUGGUCAAAGCGAGGAGAAUGUUCGGGAAGUUUUCAAAAAAGCUCGUAGUAUGGCGCCUUGCAUUAUCUUCUUUGAUGAAUUAGACUCGCUUGCUCCAAACCGAGGUCGUAGUGGAGAUUCUGGAGGAGUAAUGGAUCGUAUUGUGUCUCAGUUACUUUCUGAACUAGAUGGUAUGCACGAUAACACAGACGUCUUUGUUGUUGGGGCAACUAACCGCCCUGAUUUGUUGGAUAACGCCCUGCUAAGGCCUGGGCGAUUUGAUAAGCUGGUUUAUGUUGGUAUUCCAGAAGGAAUUGAAGAAAGAAUAAAGAUACUAAAAGCAGUGACCAGAAAAAUUAAGUUGGCAGAAGACGUCAAAAUGGAUUUCUUAGAAACUUCAUGUCCUGUUAACCUUACGGGCGCAGAUUUUUACGCCCUCGCAUCAGACGCCACUAUGAACUGCUUUCGACGGUUGAUCAGUGAACACGAAGAGAAGCGCACGCCUUUAAAUUGCGAAGAGGCGGUUGUUACUAUGGCUGAUUUCGAGGCUGCUAUUCGCCGCACGACGCCAUCUGUCAGUCUCAUUGAGUUGGACAGAUACAAAACUAUGAAAGAAGAAAUACAACAUAAAAAAUAGUGAAGAUAUGUCUUCUUGUAUAAUAUAGUUGUUUAGAAGUACUGCGUGUUUCUGGGUUUAGCUAAUUCCUCUCUUUUUUAAAUAUGCCGGGGGUACGAUGGCCAUAUGACGAGUAUUGGAAAAAAUAUAUCAAAGAUUAACGUGACAA